AUGGACCGCAAUCGCCAACGCCGCCCCCUCUACGCUCCCCCACCACCCCCGGGUCGCAACAACCGCCAACACUCCGUCCUCGGGUACUGGGUGCCCCUCCUCGUAACGGGAACGAUCGCAAUUGGAGGUCUAGCAGCAUGGAUCUGGUCUGAGCGGAGUAGCCACGACGACGAGGACCAGCAUUAUGGACGGCCGGAUAGCAAGCCGCCGCAGGGACGACCACCGCCGUCUGGACCUGGAGGGCCGUAUCCGGGACCGCAGCAAGGAGGACUUGGUGGACCGGGAGGAGGGCAGGAUUAUGGUGGUGGAGGCUCGCAGGGUGGUGUUCCGUCGUAUCAAGGUCCCAUACCAAACCAGUCUUCAGGACCGCAAGGCCAGCCUCCACCCGCACCUGGUACUAGUGUAGGAGGAGGUGAGGCAGCGAGCUAUUACAACUCCACUUCCCGCUCCUACGGCGAAGGUGAUGACCACCAUGAAGAAACUCAGGACCAGGGAACCUUCUUCGGCCAAGUCCGAGGAGCUAUGCGCCGCACGCCCUCGCCCCAACAAUUCUUCGAUCACGCUAGCAAACAAGUCUCCGCCGGGAUUGCAGCCGCCGGCUCAGCGCUGGGGAGUAUAAUGGAGGAUCCGGAGAAUGGAUCUGGCCCCAACUCAGGCCGUGUGAGCAGGGAUGAGCGAGUCAGUCGCGAGAGGAGGGGUGAGGUUGAUGUGAGGAGGGAGGAGAGGGAGGGUUUUAGUGAUCAUGAGAGGUGGAGUGAGGAGGCGGAUGAGAAGAGGAGGGUCGGGCCUGUGGGGGGAGUGGAGGUGGAGAGCGGACGGAGAGCGGAGAGUGCGAGGUCCGCGAGGGAAGUCGACAGCAGUAAGGGGAAGGGCCGGGCUGGUCAGGGCAAAACGAUGGUUGCGGUGGUCGUGAGCGCGGACACGAACAUGGAUGGCAAGAUGGACGAGGAGGAUGUCGUUUAUGCUGAGCAUGCGUCCAUCCUCUCCCACCUCCCCGAACACCACAACCCAGCAACAACAGACAUCUUCGUCCUGAUCUACGCCCCGGGCCUCACUACCCUCCCACCCCUGAAUUACCGCCCCAGUACAAUGGAAAUCGACACCGCCUCCAACCUCGGCUCCUCCUACUCCCAAAUCAACACUCCGGCACAAACGCCAGGGUCGGAGUUACAAUCCGUCAGCCCCCGAAUCGACGCUACAGACAGUUCCUCGCAACAACCCGGUGCAAACGCAGGAGGCGCAGCAGACUUCAAAUCCCCCGGCCGCCAAUUCGACGCCCUCUACACCACGGCCCUCACCUUAGUCUCGACUCCGAGCCAGAUCUUAUGUUUCACCACCAUCGCAGGCUAUAUCCCCAUCCUCCGCCACUUAUCCCCUUCACUGACCUACGUCUCCGACCUGCUCGCCGGGUCCGAAGGGGAUAACUUGAGGGAUUUGAAGGGGUGGGUUGGGCAAGCGAUUCUGGUGGUCGGGGAUGAUGGGACGGGGGGGUUGGCGGAUACGGAGACGGAGGAUGAGGGUGGGGUGCAUGGGGCGGAGGGGAGGAAGAGGGAGCAGUGGUGGGAGCGGAGUGAGAUGGUGGGGUUGGGGAAGGGGGUGGAGAUUGUGGAUGCAGGGCGGAUUGGGGAGGAUUGGGGGAAGAGGGUUGGGAGGGGGAGGGAGUGA